AGCGGGAGCCGGAGCGGGAGCCGGAGCAGAAGCGGGAGCCGGAGCCGGAGCCGGAGCAGAAGUGAGAGCCCAAAGAGGAGCAGGAGCCCAUCAGAGGAAAGAGACGGCGAUGGGGACAAACACAGAAGGAGCGAGCCUGCAGACGGCCAGCUCAGCCCUGCAGGUGUAGGGCAGGUGAGCAGCCCCGCGGGCGUGGCGCAGGUGAGCAGCCCCGCGGGUGGGGGGCAGGCAGGCAGCCCCGGGGCGGCCAGCGGCAGCCAGGCCUCCAGUGACUCGGACAGCGACAGCAGCGAGGACAGCGACAGUGACAAGGGGGAGGGACGGAGGAUGAAGAGCAGCGUGGCCCACGUCAGGCGUGGCUCAGAUGACAACAGUAAGAAACGGCACAGGAGCUCCUCCUCAGAGCGCAGGGACAGAGACUACGGCCGUUCCCGAUCCCGGUCCCGGUCCAGAUCGCGUUCCCGGUCUCGAUCCCGGUCCCCUCGCAGUCAGGACAGGGAGCGCUCGGAGGAACGCGGCCGACGCUACGGACGGGGCUACCACGGGAGGAACAGGGACAGGUCCCGAGAGCGGCGCUCCAGCCGAGAGCGGGACUUUGACCGGGACCGUCUGCGGGACAGAGACCGGGAUAGGGAGAACUCAGACCGGCGCUCCAGCAGAGAGAGGGAUCGUGGGUACCGCCCGGGCCGGGACGGAGAGCAGGACUCCAGGAGGAGGGGCAGGUCGGCCUCCCCGGUCCAGCAAGACGAGGCCCCUGCCGAGGAGCCCCCCGUGAAGAAGAAGAAAGAGGAGCUGGACCCCAUUCUGACCCGGACGGGCGGAGCCUACAUCCCCCCGGCCAGGCUGCGUAUGAUGCAGGCGCAGAUCACAGAUAAGAGCAGUCUGGCUUUUCAGAGAAUGAGCUGGGAAGCGCUGAAGAAGUCUAUCAACGGUCUCAUUAACAAAGUCAACGUCUCCAACAUCGGCAACAUCAUCCACGAGCUCCUGCAAGAGAACAUCGUGAGGGGGAGGGGUCUCCUGGCCCGGUCGGUCCUGCAGGCUCAGAGUGCCUCCCCUAUCUUCACCCACGUCUACGCUGCCGUGGUGGCCAUCAUCAACUCCAAAUUCCCCCAGAUCGGAGAGCUCAUCCUCAAGAGGCUCGUCCUCAACUUCCGCAAGGGCUACCGGAGGAACGACAAGCAACAGUGUCUGACAGCGUCCAAGUUCGUGGCACAUCUCAUCAACCAGAACGUGGCCCACGAGGUGCUGUGCCUGGAGAUGCUGACCCUGCUGCUGGAGAGACCCACGGACGACAGCGUAGAGGUGGCCAUCAGCUUCCUGAAGGAGUGCGGCCUCAAGCUGACCGAGGUCUCCCCCCGGGGCAUCAACGCCAUUUUCGAGCGCCUGCGUAACAUUCUGCACGAGUCGGAGAUCGACAAGCGCGUGCAGUACAUGAUCGAGGUGAUGUUCGCCAUCCGGAAGGACGGCUUCAAGGACCAUCCCAUCAUCCCCGAGGGCCUGGACCUGGUGGAGGAGGAGGACCAGUUCACCCACAUGCUGCCCCUGGAGGACGACUACAACCAGGAGGAUGUUCUCAAUGUCUUCAAGAUGGAUCCAGACUUCCUCGACAAUGAAGAGAAGUACAAGGCAAUUAAAAAGGAAAUUCUCGACGAGGGCAGCAGUGACUCCGGCUCAGGGGAUGAGGCUGACGGCAGUGAUGAAGACGAAGAGGAUGAGGAAGAGGAGGAAGGCGGAGAUGAACAAGAGAAAGUCACUAUUUUCGACAAGACCGAAGUGAACCUGGUGGCGUUUCGCCGGACCAUCUACCUGGCCAUCCAGUCCAGCUUAGACUUUGAAGAAUGUGCCCACAAGCUGAUAAAGAUGGACUUCCCCGAGAGCCAGACGAAAGAGCUGUGCAACAUGAUUCUGGACUGCUGCGCGCAGCAGAGGACCUAUGAGAAGUUCUUCGGGCUCCUGGCUGGGCGUUUCUGCCUGCUGAAGAAGGACUACAUGGAGAGCUUCGAGGCGAUAUUCCAGGAGCAGUAUGAGACCAUUCACCGCCUCGAAACCAACAAAUUACGCAACGUGGCCAGAAUGUUUGCUCAUCUCCUGUACACAGAUUCCAUUCCCUGGAGCGUGAUGGAGUGCAUAAAAAUGAGCGAAGACACCACGACAUCGUCCAGCCGGAUCUUCGUUAAGAUUCUGUUCCAGGAGCUCUGCGCCUACAUGGGCCUUCCCAAACUCAACGAGCGGCUGAAGGAUAUCACAUUGCAGUCGUUCUUCGAGGGACUCUUUCCACGAGACAACCCCAGGAACACGAGAUUUGCCAUCAACUUCUUCACUUCCAUCGGCCUGGGUGGUCUUACAGAUGAACUCCGUGAGCAUCUGAAGAACGCUCCCAAGAUGAUCAUGACGCAGAACCAGGAGGUGGAGUCGUCGGACUCUGACUCCUCCUCCUCCUCCUCGGAGUCGUCGUCCUCGGACGACAGCAGCAGCAGCAGUGACAGUGACAGCAGCUCUGACUCCUCCUCCAGCGGGUCUGAGGACUCGUCCAGCAGCAGCAGCUCAGAUUCGGACUCCGGCCGUAAGAAGAAACGGAGCAGGAAGAGGAGCAGGGAGAAAGCCUCCAACAGGAAGGCCUCCGGAGAGCAGGCCAGCAAGACCCGGGAGGACCGGCACCGAGAGGCCCCGCGGCGGGACCGGGACCGGGAUGAGGAGUCCCCCGCACGCGGCCGGGGCGACAGGGCCCACAAGGACCAGAACCGCCGGCAGGAAACGGACCACGACGACAACCCGGCCGAGUCGCGCAAGCACAGAGACGCGCUGAAGAAGAGCUCUCAGGUGGAGCAGGACAGAGACAGGCACCGCAGCCGGGACCGGGAGCCCCCGAACCGCGGCAGGGAGAGGUCCAAAUCCCGGGACCGAGAGCCCCCGACCCGCGGCAGGGAGAGGUCCAAAUCCCGGGACCGAGAGCCCCCGACCCGCGGCAGGGAGAGGUCCAAAUCCCGGGACCGGGAGCCCAUGAACCGCGGCAGGGAGAGGUCCAAAUCCCGGGACCGGGAGCCCAUGAACCGUGGCAGAGAGAGGUCCAAAUCACGGGACCGAGAGCCCAUGAACCGCGGCAGGGAGAGGUCCAAAUCCCGGGACCGAGAGCCCCCAACCCGCGGCAGGGAGAGGUCCAAAUCACGGGACCGGGAGCCCCCGAACCGUGGCAGGGAGAGGUCCAAAUCCCGGGACCGGGAGCCCAUGAACCGCGGCAGGGAGAGGUCCAAAUCCCGGGACCGAGAGCCCCCAACCCGCGGCAGGGAGAGGUCCAAAUCCCGGGACCGAGAGCCCAUGAACCGCGGCAGGGAGAGGUCCAAAUCCCGGGACCGGGAGCCCAUGAACCGCGGCAGGGAGCGGUCCAAAUCCCGGGACCGGGAGCCCAUGAACCGCGGCAGGGAGAGGUCCAAAUCCCGGGACCGGGAGCCCAUGAACCGCGGCAGGGAGAGGUCCAAAUCCCGGGACCGGGAGCGGAGCCGCAAGGACGCCGACAGCAGAGACUCGUACAGGAACGGGGUGGAGAGGCGAGCGGAGAGGGCCGACAAGGAGAACAGGCACGCCAACAGACACAGGGAGUCCCGCAGGAGCCAGGAGAGGAGGGACAGCUCUCCCCGGAGGCGCAGAUAGCUCGCACCUCCCACACCGGCCUCCUUUACACGGGCCUUCUCCAAACGAUAUAUUUUUUUGGUUAUUUUCUGUUUUCUGAAACUGAAGCGUUUAGCCAUUACCUGUGAGUGACGUGAUUUGGGAAACCCAGGUCCUGCAGCGUCUCUCAGGAGCAGAUGGGUCAUUUACAGUGGGAAAGUCUUGUCCUUUUUCUUUUUUUUUUUAACUUUUUUUCGGUAUAAAUGUGAAAGGCUGUUUGGGUUUCUGAGAUCUGUACUGUUGCUUAAGUAGGAAACGCUUGUGAUCUAUUUGUAACACAGUGUGUAUU